CCGGGGGCGCGGGGCGGCGGGGUGCGGCGCCCGGGGCGGCGAUGUCCGUGCAGCGCGCCCCGCGGGCCCGGCCCUGAGCCUCGCCGCCCGCGAGCCCUGCCGAGGUCCGCGCUGGCCGAGAUGACGCCGAGCCCGGUGUUGGUGCUGCUGCUGCUGCCGCCGCUGCUGCUGCUGGGGGCCCUCCCGCCGGCCGCCGCCGCCCGAGGCCCCCCGAGGAUGGCGGACAAGGUGGUCCCACGGCAGGUGGCUCGGCUGGGCCGCACGGUUCGCCUGCAGUGCCCGGUGGAGGGGGACCCACCGCCCCUGACCAUGUGGACCAAGGACGGCCGCACGAUCCACGGCGGCUGGAGCCGCUUCCGCGUGCUGCCCCAGGGGCUGAAGGUGAAGGAGGUGGAGCGAGAGGACGCCGGCGCCUAUGUGUGCAAGGCUACCAACGGCUUCGGCAGCCUCAGCGUCAACUACACCCUCAUCGUGAUGGAUGACACCAGCCCAGGAAGGGAGAGCCCAGGGCUCGAUGGCCCCUCUGGGGGCCAGGAAGACCCAGCCAGCAAGCAGUGGGCGCGGCCCCGCUUCACGCAGCCCUCCAAGAUGAGGCGCCGGGUGAUUGCGCGGCCGGUGGGCAGUUCCGUGCGACUCAAGUGCGUGGCCAGUGGGCACCCACGCCCUGACAUCAUGUGGAUGAAGGAUGACCAGGCGUUGACGCGCCCAGAGGCUGGCGAGCACCGGAAGAAGAAGUGGACCCUGAGCCUGAAGAACCUGCGCCCUGAGGACAGCGGCAAGUACACGUGCCGCGUGUCAAACCGCGCCGGUGCCAUCAACGCUACCUACAAGGUGGACGUGAUCCAGCGGACGCGUUCGAAGCCUGUUCUCACGGGCACGCACCCCGUGAACACGACGGUGGACUUCGGAGGCACAACGUCCUUCCAGUGCAAAGUGCGCAGCGACGUGAAGCCGGUGAUCCAGUGGCUGAAGCGCGUGGAGUACGGUGCCGAGGGCCGCUACAACUCCACCAUCGACGUGGGCGGCCAGAAGUUCGUAGUGCUGCCCACGGGCGACGUGUGGUCGCGGCCCGACGGCUCCUACCUCAACAAGCUGCUCAUCACGCGCGCCCGCCAGGACGACGCGGGCAUGUACAUCUGCCUGGGCGCCAACACCAUGGGCUACAGCUUCCGCAGCGCCUUCCUGACCGUGCUGCCAGACCCAAAGCCUCCGGGGCCCCCGGUGGCCCCCUCGUCCUCGAGCACUAGCCUGCCCUGGCCCGUGGUCAUCGGCAUCCCGGCCGGCGCCGUCUUCAUCCUGGGCACCGUGCUCCUGUGGCUGUGCCAGGCCAAGAAGAAGCCGUGCGCACCCGCACCGGCCGCUCCCAUGCCUGUUCAUCGCCCGCCUGUGGUGGCCCGCGACCGUGACCGCGGUGGCGGCGGCGGGGACAAGGACCUGCCUGCACCCACUGCCCUUGGCACCGGCCCCGGUGUGGGGCUGUGUGAGGACCUCGGGCCCCCGGCGCCCCCCCAGCACCUGCUGGGCCCGGGCUCCGCCGCUGGCCCCAAGCUUUACCCCAAACUCUACACAGACACGCACACACAUACGCACACGCACUCACACACACACUCACACGUGGAGGGCAAGGUCCACCAGCACGUCCACUACCAGUGCUAGAGGGCGCCAGCUUGCCAGCCAGAGCUCUGGGGUCUCCCGGCAGGCGGAGGGCAGGCUGGUGGCCGAAGGCCGGGAGCACAGGUGAGAGGCGCCCUGCGUGAGACACACACACCUGGACACACAUACGUGCAUGACAUACCUCUGAACACACACACAGUCUCUCUCACACACACACACACACACACAUGCACACACACACACUCGGACUAAGAAGCCCGUGGGAAGGUCCGUAUGGUAACUUUGCAGUGCGCAUGUAGCAAUGGGCUUGCUCAUGAAGGAACCCCUUGGCCCCAUGAGAAGGAUUUCACUGAGGCCAUGGUCCCCCCCCACCCGGUUCCUGGCAGGAGAUCUGAGAGGCACCCUGGCUUUGCAAACCAAAAAACUCCGACCCCUUCCCUACGCCUGCCUGCCUCUGUCCCUGCCCAGGCUAUUUUUGUCACCACCUGUCCUGGGUGUCCAGGAGUCCACCAGUACCCUGGGCAGGGGGGGUCUGGCGGAGCAGUCCUAGGCCCUGUCCUGAGAGGCCGGAGCCGCUGGGGGUGGCUCCCGUCCCACCCGGCCCUCCCCCACCCCCCUGCCUGAGAGAGGGGGCCUUGAUAUUUAUAUUUAAGAAAUUAAGAUAAUAAUAUUAAUGAUGAUGAAAGGAGGGCCGGGCCACAGGGACUUGGCCUUCCCCUGGGGCCUCGGGCCCACCUCGCCUUGGGGCCAGGCUGGAAGUCCACCUCGGGACCCAUCACCCAUGGCCCGUGGCGGCCCCGCCCUCUGUAAUUUUAUAGAGAGUUUGAGCUGAAGCUUCGUAUAUUUAAUUUAUUUUCUUAAACAAGAAAAUGUGCAUCCUUUCGUCUAA